UGAUUCUGUAUAAUAAUGAGCUCUCUGGGAUGAUCCCUGAAUGUAUAGGAAAUCUAAGUAUGCUACAAGAACUUUGGUUGGGAUCUAACAAUUUUGCCUCGAAUUUACCUUUGAGCCUUUGUCAGUUGACAGGUCUUCUCCAUCUAAACAUUUCAAGGAAUUCUCUACAGGGAGAAGUUCCACUUAAUAUUGGAGAACUAAAGGCUAUUAUAGGACUAGAUUUUUCUAGUAACCACUUUUCAGGCAUGAUACCUAGCAGAAUAGGCGAGCUCGAGAACAUGCAGUAUCUUUAUCUAUCAAACAACUCAUUCUCGGGUUCAAUUCCAUCAUCCUUUUCCAAGUUGAUAAGCAUGGAGUUCUUGGAUCUGUCAUUAAAUGCCAUUUCAGCAAAGGAAGGGAAAGUCAAAAGAUGUAGAAAAGGUACCAGAGCUCAGGACUUAUCAAUUGAUUUCUUAUCAUGAGAUUCGACGAGCAACAAAUAACUUUGAUGUGUCAAAUUUAAUUGGGGUGGGAGGUUCUUGCUCUGUGUAUAAAGGCACAUUAUCUAGUGGAACUGUGGUGGCAAUAAAGGUUUUGGACUUGCAAAAUGAGGAAACAUGCAAGAGGUUUGAUACUGAAUGUGAAGUGAUGAGAAAUGUUAGGCAUAGAAAUCUUGUACAGGUGAUUACUACUUGCUCUAGCGAACACAUAAGAGCCUUUGUCCUGCAAUAUAUGCCCAAUGGGAGUCUUGAGAAUUGGUUGUACAAAGAAAAGUCUCACUUGAACCUCCUUCAAAGAGUUACCAUAAUGCUUUAUGUGGCUGUGGCAAUUGAAUAUCUGCAUCAUGGUUAUGACACUCCGAUAAUUCAUUGUGACCUAAAGCCAGCCAAUGUUCUUUUGGAUAAAGAUAUGGUAGCUCAUGUUGGUGAUUUUGGCAUCUCUAAAAUUUUAGCAGGAAACAAGUCCAUAGCACAUACCACGACAUUGGGCACUCUUGGUUACAUUGCAUCAGAGUAUGGCUCGGAGGGAAUCGUGUCCACUAGUGGUGAUGUUUACAGUUAUGGCAUCAUGUUGAUGGAGGUUUUGGCAAAAAGAAGACCAAUCGAUGAAGAGAUAUUCAAUGAAAGUCUUGGCAUAAGGGAGUGGAUGAGACGAGCAUUUUCAGGGACUAUGUUGGAAAUUGUGGAUGCUAAUCUUUUUUCUGAGGAGGAUAAGAUUACUUCCAAAAGUGAAAGUUGCAUUGCCUCCAUGAUAGAAUUGGCUUUGGACUGCACAAAUGAAAAGCCAGAAUCAAGGAUAACUAUGAAAGAUGUAGUCAAGAGGCUUAAUAAAAUCAAGAACAUAUUUUUGGGAAGUAGAAGUUAGCAUCUCUAUCUUUAGGUGGUGUUCUUUCUGAGUUGCAAAUUAAUAUGUCGCUUUUUGUUUACCUGAUUUUUUUAAUAUAGUCGUCCAUACUACUUGGACUCAUGUACUGUUUGUACCUUUGAGUGUUGAAUUCUCUCUUGUUUGUAAUUUUAUAUUUGAGUGAUUGUAAACCUAUUUUACGUUUUUAGUAAUUAUGCUUUGAAUGCUAA